GGAGGGAGAGGUGGUGAUGGAAACCACAGAGUGCGAGCGUGAGCCUGAAACAGAAGCAGAAAUAGAGAGAAAAGCGAGUAGAGCAGUGAAAAGAGAAGAGGAGGAGGUCUGAGAUGGGCGGAGGAUGCUGAGAGGGGAGGGGGGGGGAUUAAGUCGGAGUGGAGGAGGAGGAGGAGGAGGUGGAGCUGGGAAAGCACCAGAAGAGGCAGACACUGAGAGCUGAGAGCGAGUGGAAACAGAGGAGAGGCAGCAGCUCUGCCUCCUCCACCCUCACAUCUGGAUCUGGACUCACACAUCUGGACCGGACUAACUUUCCUCAGUAUCUACACGUUGUUUUCCUCGGACAGAGACGAGGAGGAGACUGGAUGUUUCACAGAGAGAGCUCAGCCUUUUUAAAAUCCUCCCACUGCUCAGAAUAAACAGGAAAGAGGAAUUCUCUGCACAGAUCAGCCGGAGGAGGAAAAGGCAGCGAGAGCUCAGAGUGUGAGAGUGGUUUCUGCUGCCGCUGCCUGCCUGUGAAGUGAAGUGGACAGGAUGCUGACUUCUUUGAAAAUCUGAUGGUGGGCUUGGGGCGGGCUGUGGGCAGCAGACAGCCGGAGCCGUGAUUCACAAAACCCGGCCUGGCGUGAAAACAAAGAGAUGCUACGACCGAGCGCAGAGAGCGAGAGUGAGCUGGAGGGGAGACGCUGAAACUUGAAGCAGCAGACACACAAACACAUCUCCAGCUCAGGAUGAUGAGUUCAAUGUCCACCUGAAGCUCGGAGCAGGAGUCACACAGCACAGAGUGUUGGAGCUAUGGGAUAAACAGACAGCCGAGAGCUGAGAGCGAGUCCUGCUCAGUGGAAUAAAACAGAGAAUAUUUUAACACCUCCGCUUUGAUCCACUGCUCCAAACACCUGCAUCAGUUUUAAAGCCACUUCUCUUUGACUCUUUUAUCUCUGUUCCUCCUCCUGUCUGUGCUGUCCUGAGGAAACAGCUGGUUUUAACCACAGGUUUCAGAGCAGGACUGUUUGUUUCCAGCAGCUCACCUGGACCCUGAAGCUCAGUCACCUUCUCUUUCUCCCCUCCAGAUGGCUGCCAUGUUGGCAGGUGGAUGCAAUCGCCUCAUUCAACAUUAACCGGGAGACUUAGACAAACCAAACAAUCACAGCCGAGCAGGAGCUCGCCACCGAGCUUUACUCUGACAUUUGGUUUGUGCCCUGCAGCUUCAACACAAGAAAACAAAUAAGGUUUGUGUCUCCACUCUGAGAGAGAGGUUUAAACAUUAACAGUGUCAGAUCUGCCUGAAGCAGCAACAGAGACUGAACUUCAAGAGAAAAAUGACAAACAACUCUCUCCAGUCUGUGUCGGCCUGUCCGGACUCUGUCUGUGUGUAGAGCACAUUACAGCAAAAUGAGAUGAAUCACACAGCAUGAAGGAUGUGAAAGAGUGUUUACAGCAGCUGAGCUAAAGGGGAAAAGUGACAGAGAGAUAAGGGGGGUCAGAGAGAGGAGGGAGUAAACAGAUGUCCUGGGCCUGCUGCCGGCGUCAUGCUGUCUGUUGGGGCUAACAGAGGUUUCCUGCAGGGUGUGGUGGCACCAUCACCGUCAUGGUGGACUGCUGUGGUGCUGUUCGUUUGUCUGAGCUCCGUCUGGGGUUCGUCCCAGACCAACACCUGCCUCUGUGCCUCGGACAUCCUGAGCUGCACUGCACUGGGUCUGGACCAGGUCCCCGGAGACAUGCCGGUCUCCGUUGUCACCCUGGAUCUGAGCCACAACCACAUCAAUCAGCUAAAGGGGGGCGCCUUUCAGGGACUUUCUCGACUGGAGACGUUACGGUUAGCACACAACCAGCUGACCACCAUUCACCUGGGGGCGUUUCAGAACACCUCAGGGGCCCUGCUCCGACACCUGGACCUGUCGUCCAAUCAGCUGCGUGUUCUGGAGCAGCACUACUUCCAGGAGCUGUCGGGAUUGGAGGAACUGCUGCUGUUUAACAACCGGAUCGUCCAGGUGGAGGGCAGAUCUCUGGCUGGACUGGGAAACCUCCGGAAGGCCUACCUCAGUCACAACCGCCUCACCCACUUCCCCUUCUUCUCCAUCCAGGAGCACAGCCACCCCCACCUGACCAUGCUGGACCUGUCGUCAAACCGCCUGCUCAAACUGCCCCUGGAGGACAUAACAAACCUCCCCCUCCCUGUCCAGGAGGGACUCUACCUUCACAACAACUCCCUGGAGUGCGAGUGCUCCAUGUACGGGCUGUUCAGGCGCUGGAAGCAGAGAGGAUACACCUCCGUCAGUCACUUCCUGCAGGAGCACACCUGCUGGGUGUACGGGAUCCAGAAAGGUUCGGUCCGCUUCCUCCUGCACGGACGCUACUUUGAAAAAUGCAACCUGACAGCGCAGCCGCUCAGAGAGCAGGAGAGCAGCGUUUCAGUGGGGGUGGGGAAGGCGGCACUGCUGCACUGUGUGACCACGCUCACCGGACGCAGCGUCACCUUUCUCUGGGUCUCACCCAACCAGGAGUACGUGGCUCCGCCGGGGAACAACGGCUCGUUAAGGAUGUUCACCAACGGCAGCCUGGAGAUCGUGGCGGCGCAGGCGGAGGACUCCGGCGUGUACUGGUGCAUGGCUCUGGACCAGCAGCAGAGACUCAAUGAAACUCACGAGGUGAACGUGACAGUGGUGCUGCACGCUGACGGUCAGGCCCACGAUUCCUUCAACACAGGGUUCACCACCCUGCUGGGCUGCGUGGUGAGCCUGGUCCUGGUCCUCAUGUACCUGUACCUGACACCCUGCCGCUGCCCUCCCUGCCCCAAGCCCCCGACCCCGGCCGCCAACGCCGCCGGUACCGAGGCCGGGGCGGGGAGCGCCCAGUCCUCCAUCCUCACCCCCACCCCGCCAGCCACCACUGAGGGCCCCGGCCGCAAGGUCAGUACCAACAAGCAUGUGGUAUUUCUGGAGCCAAUCAGAGAGCAGCAGAACGGCAGACUGAGGGCGGGGCCGGGAGCCGGGGCAGUGCACGGACACCUGGGGCCGGGGUUACUGUUAGGGCCGGAGCAACACGCCAAGCUCCAGGCGCAGCAGAGGGCGGGGGAGACGGACUCCAUCAUGUCCGUCUUCUCAGACACGCCCAUCAUGUUGCCAUAGAAACAGGACAAAUAGACACAGACUGGCACCAUCACCCUUCACUCCCCCCCGCCUCCCAGUCACCUCCCCCUCCCACCCAGCACUCCACCUGAGCACAGCAGUAACCCAGCACCGACCACGAGCUUUUCUCAGACGCAUUUUUCCUUUGCGAAGCCUGAGGCUUCACCCGCCUGACAAAACAGAUCAAGUGCAAUUCUUAGAGAUGAAACACUGUAAACCAAACCUGCAGACGUUACCGUCGGCCCGGGCCCCGCCCACCGCGCCCCACAGCCAUGAACCAACGCACUGUGACCGGACGGUUUGGACGGUCAGGGUAGGGAACAGAGAUGUGGGUCAGAGUCUGAGGUGAAACACAAACGUCAGGGAUCAGAGGGUGGGGGGGUGAAGACGCCAUGAGCAUGGACCUCGCAGGGCUGUCCCUUUAAGCACGGCUUGUACCUUUAAUAAACGUUUGCUACAGAUGCCUUCUAGUCUCAAACAGAGAUGUAGAGUAAAACCAGUCUUUUUGUAGCUUCUCAGCUUCUCUCUGUUUCUCUCUGAUUAGAAACGUAGUGUAGCUCUGUCAGUGUCAGACGUCGUAGCGUAGACAGGCCACAGAAGAAAAGCUUUUAGCAGCAAAAAUAGAAACUGUUUUAAAGGAUAAGGUUUGAUUGUGGACUCCUGUACCCCUCCCCCCUCCUCCUCCCCUCUCCUCCCCCUCUCCUCCCCCCUGUCAUCAGUCAGAACAGAAGCUGAGCAUCAGGAAAACAAAAGGGAAUCAAACAAAUGAAUAAAUAAGCGUCAGUAGAAAUGAUUAAUGCUGCUGAGGCAGGAGAACUUUUAAAGGUUUAUUAGUUGGAUUUUUAAAUUAUUUCUCACUUUGUCUGUGACAGUAAAUGUGAAACCUGGGGGGAGGGGCAGGCCAAUCAGGACAGACAUGUUUUUUUGUUUUCUUCAGUGUAUCUGCAUCCUCCUCUCCUGCACCGUCUCCUGUCCUCCCUCUGCCUGUGUGUUAAUAAACCUCUGUAUGUGGACCCUGCA